AUGUUAGUGUUGGACAAUGUAGGAAUGCAAAAAGAUUUGCAUUGUGUGAAAGAGGGUGAUUUAAAGGAUCAUUAUUCCAAGCUGUGGGAUUAUGGGGCUGAAAUUAAAAGGGCCAACCCAGGAUCUCAUGUAGAAGUGUAUGUGCAGCCCCAAAAUAAUUCUACUGUGGUGUUUGAAAGGUUUUAUGUGAGUUUUAAAGGAGUGGUUGAUGGAUGGUUAGAUGGGUGUAGGAAGGUAAUUGGGAUAGAUGGAUGUUUUCUGAAGGGCAUCUAUAAAGUGGAGCUCCUCUCAGCAGUAGGCAGGGAUGGAAACAAUAACAUUUACCCAAUAGUAUGGGCAAUAGUAAAUGUUGAAAACAAAAAUACUUGGAAAUGGUUCUUGGACAAUCUAAUGGAAGACAUAAAUGAAGGGGGAAAUGGUAAUGGAAUCACAUUGAUGUCAGAUGGACACAAGGGUAUAAUGGAGGCUGUGAAAGAAAGAUGUCCAAAAGUUGAGCAUAGGUUGUGUGCUAGGCACAUCCUUGCUAACUUCCAUAAAAAGCUUAAGGUUAAGUGCUACAUUAAACGUUUUUGGAGGGCUGUAAAGGCAACUACAAUUCCAAAAUUUGAACUUGCAAUGAAAGAAAUCAAGAGCUUUGAUGUAGGGGCAUAUGAUUAUCUCAUUAAAAGGGACCCCAACUGUUGGUCAAGGGAUUUUUUUAAGGUUGGAAUAGGAUGUGAUGCAAUGGAAAAUGGUGUGUCUGAGAGCUUCAAUGUUGCUAUUGAAGAAGCUAGAAAGAAGCCAUUGAUCACUAUGUUGGAGGACAUAAGGGUAUUUGUGAUGGAGAGAUUGUACAUACAGAAAAGGAAAGGAUUGGGUUGGGAUCUAGCAAUUUGUCCAAGUAUCAGAAGUAAACUUGGUAAACUAAAGAAGUUGAGAAGAUUCUGGGCAUCAUAUGUUAGUGGAUACAAGCAAUUUGAAGUUGUGAAAUGUAAUGAAAGGUAUGAUGUUGACUUGGAGAAGAGAGAAUGUGGAUGUAGAGGUUGGCAAUUGACAGGAAUUCCUCGUGUACAUGCCAUAUGUGCCAUAUCUUCCUUGAAUCUUGAUCCAGAGGAAUUUGUUGCAGAUUGGUUUACUAAAUAUGCAUUUCUUAGGGCCUAUGAGUACACCAUACAUCCCCUGAAAGAUAGUAACUUGUGGCCCUAA